CUCACGCCGUGCCUGCAGGAUCAUUGGUCUUGUGGUCCGGAUGAACCUGAACUCCAGUAAACAAAAUAAAUGAUUAUAGUAAUUUUCUGCCGAGGCGUGUACAGCUUUAGACUUUAGAUCAAUAUAUUCCGAUGUUAUGCAAUCCAGAAAAGGACUGUGCAAGCGUGAAUGUUCGUCAGAUUAAAAUCUUGGAGCAGACUGAUAGGUGACGUUGUACAGGGAACUGCUGCAUUGAAAGAAGAAGACAACAUUACACUAAACAUGUCGAAGGCAGAAGCUAACGUGGAAAAGAGGCGUUUUAUCAGCGGAGUGGUGGAAGGUUUUUAUGGACGACCAUGGACUAUGGAUCAAAGAGCUGAAUUAUUUAAAAGGGAACAAAAGUGGGGACUGAACUCAUAUCUUUAUGCUCCCAAAGAUGACUACAAACACAGAAUGUACUGGAGAGACUUGUACUCUCCACAAGAGGCUGAACAACUUAUAGCAUUGAUAUCAGCAGCUAGAAACCACAAUGUUGAGUUUAUCUAUGCAAUCUCCCCUGGUUUGGACAUUACCUUCUCCAACCCGAAAGAGGUUGCUGCUCUGAAGAGGAAGUUUGAUCAGGUGAAGGAGUUUGGCUGCAGAUCUUUCUCUUUGCUUUUUGACGACAUUGAAACAGAAAUGUGUCCAUCCGAUAAGCAGGCCUUUACCUCCUUUGCCCAUGCUCAAGUGGCUAUUGCGAACGAAGUAUUUCAGCAUCUGGGUCAACCCGAAGUCUUCCUUUUCUGUCCCACUGAUUACUGUGCAUCUUUCUGCACACCCAAUGUGCCCCUGUCAGUCUAUUUGCAAACAGUUGGUGAGAAGCUAUUGCAGGGCAUUGACAUAUUGUGGACUGGUCCAAAGGUUGUGUCUCAUAAAAUUUCAGUUGAGUCAAUAGAGGAAGUGUCUGCUGUGCUCAAAAGACCCCCUGUAAUCUGGGACAACAUCCACGCCAACGAUUAUGACCCUCAGCGACUGUUCCUUGGGCCCUACAAGGAUCGGCCAACAGAUCUCAUUAGCAAGCUAAGAGGAGUUCUUACAAAUCCCAACUGUGAAUUUUACCCUAAUUUUGUCGCCAUACACACUUUGGCUACAUGGUGCAAAGCUACUCCAGACGAGGAGAGUGAUGUAGAGAUGAGAGAGGAGGAUCAGGACCCAUGCUACAGCCCACAGAAGGCUUUAACUCUGGCUCUAACAGAAUGGUUGCAAGAGUUUCUCAAUACAGAUCAAACUGGAGGACCUCAGCAUCCUGCAUCCCGACUGAGAAAGGACCCCUCAGAGGAGGAGCCCAUGCAGACAGAUAUUGGAGAGGCUGGAUAUGUUCCGAGACCAGAUGAAAACCCACUGUACACCGCUGAGCCCCUCACCCUAGAGGAUCUCAAACUGCUCUCAGAUCUGUUUUAUCUCCCAUAUGAGCAUGGGCCCACUGCACGGACUAUGCUGCAAGAGCUGGACUGGCUCAAGAAACACAGUUGGGCUGCUGCUGCACAGACUGAGAAGACAGCUGAGUGGUGCUCAAGAGCCCAGCACUUUGAUAAAAUGUGUGAAGCAGUAGUCCAGAUGUUUAACCGUCUCUCCAACGCACCAAACCGAAGAAUCCUGUAUGACCUCUACAACUACAUCUGUGACAUCAAGAGCGGGGUGGGGUUGGCACGCACCUAUGUCAAAACACUGAGUGGGCAAGGACAGCCAUCGGCACAUGUGAUGAAUGAUGAUGAUCCUGAGCCCUGGGGCUUCAGAGGAGGUCUCUCAGGAGAGUUUCAGAGAAUGCUCCCAGGACAUGGAAACAGAGACCUGUUCAAACAUCCUCCAUCAACAGCAGUUUACUGCAUACGCCCAUUCUGCCCAGAGGAUAAGGAUAAGGUCCAGAGUAUUUUCAGGGAAAUGCAGAGACCAGAAGGGGACAAGGCUCCUCUGAUGAUGCCGCAGCCUCUUAUGAGUGACAUACUUUUGGAUGUGGAAACCCCUCCUUCGCCUCACUGCGCUCUUGUGGUGGAGGAUGAGAUUGCAGUGUGUGGCUAUGCUUUUGCCCUGAUGGAUGCAAAACCUGCUGCUGUUAAGAUUCAGAGGGAGUUGGAUGUCUCUGUGCUGAAGGACUUCCCAAGCCUGCUCACUGUACAAGUGCUUCCUCGGGUCACUGAUCCCUCUCCAGCCAAGCGAAUGAUUAGUCAUUUGUUGUCCUCCCUCAAAAACAGCGGUUCUGCUGGGGUGCUCUGUGAGGCGAGACACAGCGACAAGAGAAUGCUUGAUUUUUACAAUAAAAUGGGCUCAUUCAAACCAAUACAAAUCCUGGGUCUACCUCAGGACAUAAUUGUUCUGGGAGCAAAACUUUAGAAAAAGAAUUAGAUUUGAUUUUAACUGAUUCUAGACAUGUGAUUUCAGACCAAAUUAUUAAAAGCUGAAGAUCACAAUAGAAAUGCACUACCAAUGUACAAAAAGAUAUGCUGCCGUUUUUAACACUGAUUCACUGUUUUUCCUCCUGUAUUUGUGUUCGCAUCCAUGUGAUUAUAUGCCACAAAUUGGACAAAAUUGUUUAAAUAUUAAGUUUAAUCAUUUCAGUACUGAGAAUAAAAAAUAAAUAUUUGAUUUAUUUGUAAUAAAA